AUGUCUCUGCAGAACAAAGCUGUGCUUGAGCACGCCAAAAAUCUGCUAAACGUACUUCCACAUCAGUCAAAGAUGAGAGCAGAAUGUUACACAGCAAAGAGUGAAAGGGCUGGAAAUUCUGGUCAUUUUCAUGGCGAGACACUUGCUUACCUUUCACAGUACAUAAAGAGAUACAAUGACAUCGACAAGAUGGUGAAAGAGAAGAACAUGCGCCAGGGAAAAUUUUGGCAUGAUGUGGGAGCUAGGUUUUGGAAGGUCGUGACCAUUGCAGAGGCUAAAGAGAGUAUGAGUGGAGCUGCAGGAUUAUUAGAUGAUGACAUAGUUAACACUACUAAUGAGCAGUACUACUACACUAAACAUAGCGAUUGGGUUACUGAGAAAUACAACUGUCAUAGUGGCAGUGUGACAGCAAAUCGACUGAAAGUUUGCAACAAAAUCACGUGCAAUUUGUUUGACACACUGCUGAGAGACAAGAAAGUAGCCUUCGAGAAGGAAUACACAGCCAAGUUUGAGGCAGAGAAUGGACAAGUGGGAGCAGAAUUUAGACAUGGCAAAUAUGGAAAAUGUGGUAGUAUUUUCUGA